AUGAUUUUCCUUGAAUUCUCUUCGGAAGAUACUGUCAUUGGUAAGCUCGUAUUCGAGAUAUUCGAAGACAUUGUUCCUAGGACAGCCAAGAAUUUUAUCUCGCUGUGUUGUGGUGAUCCUGCCAAGGUAUCAUAUCUAGACGAGCUGACCUACAGGAGAUGUCGAGUACAUUCCAUCAUAGAAAACUUCAUGGUCGUAUCGGGGGAUGUUACGAAUGGGGACGGAUCCGGCGGAAGAUCAGUCUAUGGAGACACUUUUCCAGACGAAAGUUUCGAGCUCUGCCAUGUCGGGCCAGGCAAGAUUGAACCCGCUUUAUUUCCAUGCAAGAAUGCCAAACCUCCCUGA